AUGGAUAUAAUUGAGACAAAUACGUCAUAUAUAAUCGUCAAUGGAAGCCAGGCACUGUAUUGUGACCGUCUUUCUGGAAAACUUACUGUGAGACAUGCGUCUGAUGUUUUCAAUGAAUGGAACCCUGUUUGCUUGGGUAAAGUCGAAGGUGUUAUUGGGAAAAUCCGUUAUCAUCCAGAUAGUGAUUGGAGGCUGUAUUUAAUUAAUGAAAGUAAACAUGUAGGAAAAUUACCUGAUGGUUUGGAAGUUCGUCGAAUUAGUCGAGUUACAAUAUUAGUCCUGAACACAUCUCCAACCGGUGAACUUAAUUUAAACUCAUGUACGCGUUCUCAUCCAGACAUUCCAAAAAAGAAUAAAAAGUCAUCAUCCUCAUCACAAAGUAGUCCUACACGUCCUUUCAUGAAAAUGAUGCAAAAACGUAUACUGCCUACGGACACUAGAAAUCCUAAAUGGCGGCAAAUUAAACGCAGAGAGAAAUACGAACAACGCAUUGAAGAGGAACUGGUUAAUAUGUUACAAUCUGAAGAUGAAUCAUACUUUUAUUUUUCUCCCGGUGGAGGUGAUCUCACCAAUUGGACACAGCGUAAAACUCAUCCAUCUUAUUGGAAUGGUGUACAAGUAGAUGUUGAUGGUACAAAUGCGAACAACAAUGUUGUCGUACAACCACCUGACUCACCAACACUAUUUAAACCAACCUGGCGUCAACCUGUUUGGAGACGUGCUGAUCAAAGAUUCUUUUGGAAUUUUCAUUUAUUAUCUCAACCAAUUGCAGAAGCGGAUCGAAUGUUGACCAGUUGUGGUUUCCCAGUCUAUGGUGCUAAUUUCAAAUCUUCUGAAUCAUUUACACAGUUCAAUAGUUUAAUAACAGAUUUAGAAGGUUUAUUAAUACCUAUUGUUCAAGGUUAUGUACAUAUUGAAGAGUUUGUUUUAAACAGACUUCAAGGCCAUCUUGCCGUGAAUAUUGUGCAGAAGUCGAAAAAUUCAGUUGAAAAGUCGAAUAAUGAACUACCAUCAAUGACUGUAACAUUUUUUAAUAACUCUGUAAAUAUGAAUGAUGGAGAAGGUCAAAUAAAUAUAAGCGGAUUAAGUGAAAAAUUCACUAAUGCUUCUGAUGCAGGAGAAAAUAAAGAGGGACAAUUUAAACCAAUUAUUUAUCCAAAUAUUGAUGCUAAUGUUAGACAACUUAAAGAAUUCGACCCAUCCAUCUUCGCAUCGUCAACAACAACAACACUGGUGAAUGCGAACAAGCAUAUAUCAUUUAAGGAGACAUCUGAGACGAAUGAUGUUGCAAAUAUUUCACAUGAAAAAGAGAAUACACGUAAUUCUUGUACAAUAUAUGACUCUGUAGCAGAAGAUACUUCAGAUUCACUUAAAACAAAUACCAAUAAUAUGACAAGCUCAGUUGUUACUGUACUAUCAGUAGAUAAUUCAAACGAUAAUAAUAAUAUUAAAAACAAUAACAUCAAUAAUAACUUCAGUCAAAAAGAAGGUAAACCUAUGAUGAUAGGCGAUGUUGAACAUGUAAAAGUUAUCCUCUUCUCACGUCGAAGCUGCCGUCGAGCUGGUACACGUUAUAGACGUCGUGGAAUCGAUGUUGAUGGAUAUGUGGCUAAUUAUGUUGAAACAGAACAAAUUCUACACACUAAUAUUGACGACUUUCCGCAUACUGUUGCAUUUCUUCAAUGUCGUGGAUCUGUACCACUCUACUGGAGUCAAACAAGUUUAGUUUACAAUCCACCAAUAAUGUUGGAGAAAACACAAGAAGAGAAUCAAGAAGCGUUCAAUAAGUAUUGGUUGCAACACUUUCAUGAAUUUGAGCGUAUACUUAUAGUGAAUUUAUUGAGUUUUGGUCGUAAACAUCGUGAAACUAUAUUGUCUGACGCAUAUAUACGUCAUAUAUUAUUAUCAAAAAAUGAACGUUUAGCCUAUAUUAACUUUGAUUUUCAUGACUUUUGUCGAAAUUCGCAAUUUCAAAAUGCUUCUGUUCUUCUAUCCGGUAUCGCUGAUUUAUUUCGUAAUUUCAAAUACUGCUGGCUUACUCGUAAUGGUAUGAUAUGCGAACAAAAGUGGAUAUUUCAUGUGAACUGUUUAGAUUGUUUAGAUCGUACAAAUUUAGUUCAGUGUAUGUUUGCUGUUGUUAUGAUUACGACUCAGUUGAAAAAAAUUGGUUUAUUAGGCCCUGAGGAAUGUUUACCCACUGAAUUUUUACGUGCAAUUCAGCAUAUGUGGGCGACAAAUGGUGAUGCUAUCAGUCAAAUAUAUGCAGGCACAGGUGCAAUGAAAGGUGAUUAUACUAGAACCGGUUCACGGACAGUUAACGGUCUGAUGCGUGAUGGUGUUUAUUCAGUCAGCCGUUACUAUUUACGUCUUCGUGAGAUAACUCGUCAAGCUGCAAUUGACUUAUUCAUUGGUAAUGAACAAAGCUCUGAAUUGACAAUGUUUUGCGAUGAAUCCGGACUAGAAUCUACUUCACUGCAAGUACGUGAAGAACGCAUUAAACUACUUAUUGGUCGAUGUCAAGAGCUUUUGAUUCAACCUAAUGAAAAAUGCUUUUCUGAAUGUCUGCUUGUCUCAUACUCUGAGUUUAUUCGUGACAUGCACUAUGUGAAUACAGUUGCACUGGUAACUGACAAGUGUUUACACUUUAUCAAAACUGAUUUCACGGACAGAAAUAAUCGUCCAGCGUAUAUUCGAAUACCUUUGGAAGCGAUAGAGAAGCUGGAGUUCGGAUUGGAGCCGGCUAUUUUUCGUGCAAAGUACUUCGUUCUGAGAAUAUUCUACAAACCUCCUGAUGAAAAUUCCAAUCAGCCUUCUGAUUCACAAAGUCAACCAAUUGUUGUAGGCAGUGAAUGUAUGAAUGUCAAUUGUCAGCAAACACUGGCUUCAACUAACCAAGAAAAGCGUUCUCAAUCAUCAGAUCUGAGUUUAUCACCUGUGAAGAAUGUUGAAAAUAUUCGAAGUAACAAUGGGAGAAUAUCUCGAACAGAUGUUGUAUUUGGUCGAAUGGCUCAUGCAUUCACUACAAGUUUCCUAACGAACGAUAGAGAUACAGAAGACAGUCAAUACAAAUUGAACUUGCAAGGGAACCGGACAAUGUCAGAACAAAAUUAUUCAGAGGUUGAAAAUAAAGAUGUAAGUAGUGGAGGAUGUGCUGGGGGUGGAGGAGUUGGCGUUGGUGGCGCUGGAGCUGGUGGUGUUGGUGGGGGUAACAAUGCUACUGGGAUCCGUAAUUUUAGACAAGCACUUAAAAUGCCGAAAGUAACACAUCAUUUCCUUGAAUUCCUUCAACCAGAUACAAGACUCUUCAAUACAGUUCUAGUCCCUGUUCCACCAGGUGACGAGUCUGUACAAGCAUUACGCGUUGUAGCUUCAACAAUUCUCAUUUCACUUCAAUCGAUUGGUCGACAUUUAGAGUUGACUGAAACAAAACCGCCAAAUAAACUGGAGCGUUUACGUCAAGCUAAUAUACCGAAAGCAUAUCAACCACCAGUUGACCUACACACCCUUGGAUAUGGUCUGCGUGCGUUGGGUCGAAGACGUGAAUCUACUGUCAGCUUACGUAGUCGGCAUCGUACGUCUAGAGCGAGUUCAAUCCAACCCGCACAAUUGGAUACUGAUGAUGCAUCAGCAGAUGUUAUGAAUAAGGAGGAUGAGAAUGCAAGGGAUGAGACAUCAUUUGGAGGAUUGAAUAAGAAUGUAAUUAAACAGAGAUUGAGGCAAAUCAAGUUGCCUAAGUUACCAUUUAAUUUUGGUCGGAAUACAAGAUCAACAUCAGAACAGAAUCGUGGUAAGAAUCUACCAAUAGUCGCUGAAAAAUCGAACAAUGCUAAACAGGACAGGGGUGAGCCAGAUUCAGAAAUUGCAGAUUGUGCACAAUUCUGUUCACCCAAGUUCAAGUCAAAACGUAAUAACAACAAUCCUGUCUUCAACGGCGAUGACGACUAUAAUUAUGAUGAUGCUGAUGAAGAUGAUGACGAUGACUUAGAUGAAGAGGACGAAGCGACUGACAACAGUGACAGAAUCGAUGGUGAAGAUGAUGUCGAUCUGAGUGAUGAAGAUUCUCUCUCUGAAGACAAUCAGUCAACUAUUAAAAUUCCUAUCUUGUAUCCUUUAUUCAGGCGGUCGACGUUUCAUGGUGCCCAUGAAGCAUUACAAUGUAAGCAGGCGAUGUCAUACUCACCAUCAUUGAAGCAAGCAUAUUCCAAACAAUACUCACAUUCAGAAUCUGACAUUAGUAAGCUUCUGACGUCAUCAACACCUGUUUCCUUCCGUGAUUGUAUGGAUGAUCAACAAAAGCGACAGUUGGAAACAAUCUCUAAAUCACGGAAGAGGUUACUGAAAAAAUCAUAUCAAGCCAUAAGCAAAUCAAAACUUUCACUACAACUGAAUCGUUUCCCAAAUGUUGGACAAAAUGAUAAAGCUGAGUCAACGACUCCCAACAAAGUGACACUUCAACUUCCUAGUCAUCAUUUGUUGACUCCAAAUGUUACUGAAAGACAGAUUAAUUUACAGACUGCUAGUCUAGAAGAAUUAUUAUAUGGGAUUGCUAGUCUCCAUGGUGGUGACAGUGGCAACACUCGAACAGGUAGUGUCAGUCGUUUGGAGAAGCGUAGUAAUGAUCGUGGUAGUGGAACAGUGCCAACAAAGUCUGAUUCUAAUUCACGUGUGCCGAAUGAUCAAACUAUUCCAUUGGAAUGCCUCAACAAUAAGAUUAUCUUCGAAAGGUUACAACAAUUAUUCAAAGAGUAUACACAACCAAGUAUAAUGAAUUCACUAUUAGUUUUAUCAUUAUCAUCACUGCAUAGUGAAUUUAACAAUAAUCCUGUAAAUAAUUCCACGAUUGAUUCAACUGCUUCUACUACUAAAACUACUGAUUACACUACUACUGAGUCUUUCAACAAAGAAUUCAAUUCACUGGUGGUAAUACAUGAUUAUGGUUUAUACGAGCUAUUGAAACAUGUCUAUUUACCAGAUAUUCAGCUACCUAAAAAUGCAAAGUUAACUGAAAAGUUGAAGCGUAAACAACUGUAUACACUGAUUCAGUUAGAUAGAAUUCGUCGUCAAUUAUUUUGUGCAGACAAACGACCGCAGCAGCAUACAGGAGUUGGUGAAAAGUACCAACUGGGACAACAGAAAACAAUUUAUUCCUCAUUUAUUAUAUUUUGA